GCACUGUUUCUAACCAGACCACAAUAUUUUAGAGGCUGACCUCGACUUUCCUUGUACAAUAACACACAGCCAGCGGGUUUGCACUUGAGAACUAUUUUGAGCCAUUUACCCCAUCUCUUUUGGGAACCAAUUUUGAAUUUUGUGGGAACUGAAAGAAGCGAACCAAACCAGAAGGGAACCGGUUCUUCGACGGUGGACAAGCGGUAUGAGAGCUUCGUCAAAACCAGUCUCCAAAUCCAGUCCACUGUUUGAAACAUGAGAAACAAAACGGAAACAAAGCGAGUUACUGAGGAGGAAAACCUUAAAUGAUCCAAACCAGCGCUGAAAAAUGAAGAAGACGCCGACAUGGAUGAGACUAACGUAGCUACAUUUGGUGUGGCUAACGUUAGCUAACUGCCGCCAUCUUCCCAAGGUCAGCCUGGCUCUGCUCUCAGAUGCUUUCCGCCAUCUUUCUGCUUUCACAGAGGGAAGAAAAGCAAAUCAAGCUUUGGAUGUCCCCACGCUUGCCACCAGGACCCCGUGCCGCUCCAGCUUGCCUUUCAAGUACAUGUUAGGGAGGCCGGGUGGAGGAUAUGGGAGGGAGGAGAGGACCUACUCUUUCAGAUCUCCUGGGAAUGCCUGGAGAGAGGGAGAGAGCAGACGUUGGAGGAGGAGUCCUUCCAUCCUUGGCCUGUUUCUGGAGUAGCUUGGCCAAGAUGGAUGUGUUUAUGAAGGGUUUGUCUAAAGCAAAAGAGGGGAUGGCUGUGGCCGCAGAGAAGACCAAGGAAGGUGUUGCUGUCGCAGCCGAAAAGACCAAAGAGGGAGUUAUGUUUGUAGGCACCAAGGCCAAAGACAGUGUUGGCACAGUGGCUGAGAAGACAACUGGAGCGAUGGGUAAUAUCGCUGCUGCCACUGGCCUGGUGAAGAAGGACGAGUUCCCGACUGACAUGAACCCUGAAGAGUACGGACAGGAGGCCAUGGAGGGCCAGGGAGAGACAAUGUUGGAGGCAGAAGGGGAGUCAUAUGAUGACUCCCAGCAGGAGAGCCAGGACUACGAACCAGAGGCGUAAAAGCAUCAGUCCAAACAACCAUCCAACCAGCAGCACAAUAACAUUUCUAACAAUAAAAAGGACAAAUGCUGAAACUAUCACAAUUAUACCCCUGUUGCAAAAAACUACAAAAAAGACAAGCAUUCCCACUGAAAAAUGUUCUUCCUUCAAGACAAAUCUUUUAUUAUUAUAUAUUGUAAAUGUCAUGUUAUUAAUGUAAUGUGUUGGGUGUAGGUAUUUAUUGAGCUGUGGGACUGUCCUUUUGGUCUCAUUUCUUUGAUUCCCUCCCAACGAAAUGAGACCAGAGCCAGGGCUUGUGACUUUGUACUUGUGUGUAUCUGUAUUUAGAAAUGUGCAAUAGAUGUUCAUCAUCUUCCAAUGAAGCAUUGGGAGCAGAAAAAAAAAUUAAUAAGUCCGAUUUCAAACAGAUAUGACUACAAUAAUAUCCUCUAAGUGUCUACAAUGCCUGUUUGUGGGUUUCUCUUUUGCAUUUACUUUGAAAGCAAGUUAUUUAUUUAAUGUUUUUGAAGUAAGAGUUUUAUACAUUGUAUCUUUAUAGUUGCUUGUGAAAUCAUUCCAGUAAAUUCUCUGUUAGAAAUGGACAACGUAUACAUGUUUGUGUGUGCGUGUGUGUUUGUGUGUACUGAAGAUUUUAACAAGUUAAAGUCAAUAUAUUAUGUCUUGAAAAAUCAUAUCGGUUGUCAUAUCAGUAUGUGCUUUAAAUUGCAGGACUUGUCAAUAUAAAGGUUUAUGUGUCAAGCCAGACAAACAAAUCCUCUGUAAAUAAAAAAAAGGUCAGAAAAA